ACUAACAAUUUGUGGGACGCUUGCGCAAAAUUGCAUAAAUAUGCUAUGUAUAUACUCUAAACAGCUCCAAGAUGGAUUUGAAGAGAGAUAAUGACAGCACAUGAAGCAAGCUUGUACGAUCGCAAGGUUGGUGGGAAGCUAAAGUUAAAGGGUCUUUCCAAAGUUAAGGGAACCCGUAAAGGCUCUGAAACUUAUCAAAAGGAAGACUUUGAUGAUGAAAAACAGAUUCUUGGGACAGGAAGGAUAGUAUCGUCUUCAAAAACAAUACAAGGAUUCGAAACACGCUUUAUGGACGAGGCACGUGUAAAUGAUAUACUCUUGAUAAAACAUCCAUUGACCCAUUCAAAUGAAGAGCGCCGUAUAGAAGCUGUUCUGAGUCAUAGAACCAUCCAUAUCAAUGAACCAUUCAGCGGUGAUCUAAUAACAACGUGCCCAUUCUACCUGAGAAGAUGCAAGGACAAAAACCAUGACGAAAUCGCAAAAGACAAGACCUCCGAACCCAUGAGGAAGAGGCACCAAUCCACGGUAACAGUUCGUAAGAAGACUGGUAUGUGGAGUUACAAGACAGAAACUAAGGUUGUAAAAUCCGACCUGAGUGCAGAGGAUCGCCUAAACGAACGUAUUAAGCUAAGUAGAGACAAGUAUUGUUGGUAAUGAUCUCAUCUCGGAAAGUGUAGAUAGGUUAUAUUACUAGAUUUAUAAAGCUAG